AUACAAGCAUAGAUGGCGUCAGUAACUAUUAUAAUGCGCCGAAACCGCCGUAUACAAUACUCUCUACCCUCGCUCGGUUUGUCACCAUGCUCUAGGAUAUACAAUGCACCAUGAGCACCACGAGAGCCGUCGUUACUGUGGCACGUCCCGCCAUACGGCAUAGCUUCCGUGAUUCUACACAACUAUCACAGAGAUCGUUACGAUGGCAUUCGACAACACCCAAGCGCAAUAUCCACCAACAGUCGAUCCGAAAGUCCCAAUCUGCAGCCGUUGUAGACCCCGAGUCGCGAUAUGAGCCCACGAACCCCCCAAUGGCAUUCCCAUGCCUCGACGCUGUUGAAACGCGCUCGAGGACGCUCACAAGUGCCCGGCGUUCGCAGUCAGGUCCAGAACCUUCGUACACCACUGGCAAAACCCUGAACUAUCACUCUAAAGAGUCCCUUCUGCUAGACUGGGGCGGGAUUCUACCGGAGUUUAAUGUUGCGUACGAGACAUGGGGCGAACUUAACACAGAUCGCAGCAAUGCGAUCCUGCUACACACCGGUCUCUCCGCUUCAUCGCAUGCGCACAGUACAGAGGCGAAUCCUAAGCCUGGUUGGUGGGAGAAGUUCAUAGGCCCUGGGGCUCCAUUGGAUACUAACAAGUAUUUUGUCAUCUGCACGAACGUAAUAGGAGGCUGUUACGGCAGUACAGGGCCUAGCUCGAUCGACCCUGGAAAUGGAGAGAGAUACGCUACACGGUUCCCUAUUCUGACCAUGCAGGAUAUGGUUCGGGCACAAUUUAGGCUUAUAGAAGAUCUUGGAAUCGACAAACUAUACGCCAGUGUCGGGAGCAGCAUGGGAGGUAUGCAGAGUCUCGCCGCUGGCGUGUUAUUCCCUGAAAAAGUCGGACGCAUCGUCAGUAUCAGCGGCUGCGCGCGAAGUCACCCAUACAGCAUCGCCAUGCGGCACACUCAACGUCAAGUGCUCAUGAUGGACCCACACUGGUCUCGCGGCUUCUACUACGACGCCAUACCACCUCAUGGUGGUAUGAAGCUCGCGCGCGAGAUUGCAACUGUAACAUACAGAUCCGGUCCUGAAUGGGAGCAACGCUUCGGUCGACGCCGCGCCGACCCCUCCAAGCCACCCGCGCUGUGCCCAGACUUCCUCAUCGAAACAUACCUAGACCACGCUGGCGAAAAGUGGUGUCUAGAGUACGACCCGAAUAGUCUGCUAUACGUCAGCAAGGCAAUGGAUUUGUUCGAUCUAGGGAAGACAAGCAGGGAUAAUAUGGCGGAAGUGCGUGUCAAAAACCAAAGGCGAUUGGCGGAACAUAUGGCUGGCAAUGCAGGCAGAAGCACUGCGUCAACGGAGGAUGCCACGUUGUGCAGCCUUACGCUCCCCACAACUCCAUACGAGGAGAAAGAAGACGCCAACCCUGUCGCGGAAAGCUCCUCCAGCGAAUUUUCUACUGCCCCUGGUAGCGCAGUCCCAGAUCUCGUCGCUGGUCUCCGACCUAUCAUCAGCAUCCCAACACUUGUGAUGGGCGUCGCAAGUGAUAUCCUGUUCCCUGCAUGGCAACAAAGAGAAGUUGCUGCGACGCUGCGUGCGGCGGGGAACCUUAACGUAACGCAUGUGGAGCUUGGCGAGGAGAAGAGUCUAUUUGGACACGAUACGUUUCUCUUGGACCUUGAGAAUGUAGGAGGCGAAGUGAGGCGAUUUUUAGGGUAGUCACUUGUACCUAAUGCUUCGAAGACGCUACUUGAGAUGUUCUUUUGUCUGGCGUACGGAGGGUAACAGGAAGCAUUCCCCCUGAAGCAUAGCAUAGCAUGGCGUUCGAGAUGAUAUGGAAUUUUUGAAGCAUUAAUGUGUUCGCAGCGUGUAAAAUAUCGUGGAUUCUCGUCAAAGUACGAAAUGUAAAGUUCUAGUACAGGCUGUUUGUGUCUAUAGAACCUCUAUACCGAUAAAUCAUGGAAAGCUG